AUGGCGUCCGUCCUGUCCGGCUUCGAAGACAGCGGCAUCUACGCCUGGCGCGCGGAAGGCGGCAAGCUGGCCAAGAACCUCAAGGGGCACUCGUCCGCGGUGGACAGGGUACUGCUGGUAGGCCCCAAGCACGAGGUCACGGCGAGCGCGCGCACGCACAUGGCGCUGUGGAUGGACGCGGGUUUGGAACCGGGGCAGUAGGCAGUGGGUAUUCAUCCGGCGGGUGGUGUCUCUUUGUCGCUAGGUGCACUGCACUACACCUACGGCUGUCCAAAAGUAGUCUUGUUGUGAACUCCCAGAGAACAUAGUCUAGUCUACGUGUCAUUAAGUUUUUGCGUGAGUUUUGUUGGAUCAGCUCGCACCCUCGAAACAUUUGUUGUCACGCAUGGAGAAUUCCUUGCAUUAUCGUUCUCUCUCUGUUUUCCCGGAAGCUGCUGUAUGGUAGCUCGGAGUACCUCACGCAAGGGAGAAUUGUGUGAAUGGUAACGGCAUCGCCCCAUGGUAGCAUGUAGCAUAUGAAGACGGUUGCUACAAUCGCGAAAUCUACCCACUGCUUC